UUAAAUGUAUGUGUAUUACAGUGUGUGUUUAUAUAGGAUGUUGUGGGAUGUAGUAUUGACGACCUGCGUAGUUAUCGCUUGCGCCGUGUUUGUAAUUCUGUUUAUUGCUUUCCUUUGGUUUAUUGUGUGGGAAUUAUUUCUCAAAAGAAUUCGACUUUUCCAAGAGUUAACGUCCAACAAACAAGAAUAAACGACUGCGGAUCGUUACAAACAAAGUUUAGAAAUGGAGAAUUCAUUUUAUUUGAAGAGCAUUCCUUUACAUGUUGAGGGACAUGGAGACAAACUCUUGAAGGCACUUUAUGAUCAGCAAAGAAACUGUCAGCUCUGUGAUGUUUCAUUGAUUGUCGAAAACAAUUCGUUUCCUGCCCACAAAGCUGUACUUGCAUCAUACAGUUCAUAUUUUCAAGCUUUGUUUGAUCGAGGAAAACAAUCUGAUGAUGUUGUAUCUAAAGUUUGUAAUGUGACAACCAUUCAUCUAUCUUCUGUUUCAUCGAAAACAUUUAUCCCGAUUUUGCAUUUCCUUUACACAUCAAAACUUCAUUUGUUUGAGGAAAAUAUUCGAGAUGUCAUGAAGACUGCUGGAAAACUUCAAAUACAUUCGAUUGUACAGGCAUGUGAGAGAGUAAUAGAUGAUAAGAUUGUACUUCCAAGUAUUCAUGAAAUAAAGACUUUAAACAUUCCGUGCACGAACGUGAUAAAUGAAAACUCAACACCAAGUGUUUUGUUCGUUGAUUUAAAAUCUGAGGAUGAUGAUGAGAAAUCUUGUGAAGCUGCAGAUUCCACCAAUGCUUCUUUCCUUCCAUCCAGUAGCGAUGACACUGAAAAGCAAAAGCUAUGUGGAAAUCGAACAUUAAAAAAGAAAAGCAACCCAAAGAAAAUUAAAUUUAAAGAAAAUGCAAGCACACCCGAAAACUGGAAAUUAACCCGAAGUAUUGACAAUAUAUCCACAAUCUCGCCGACUUCUAUAUUUGGUCGUAUUGGAAGCCAAGCUGGUCGUCGCGUGGGGUUGUCACAGCAGGUGUCAACUUCAACUUCAGUUGACAGUGCAAAUAAAACAAUAUCCAGCACCUCAGACUUUUCCAUUGAUCCGCUGAUAUUCGAACCGACCAAUGAGAGUCUUGGAAAUAUAUUUGAUAAUGACCCAGCCUUAAUUGUAGAUGACUUAGCAUCUGAAAGUUGUUUGUUAUCCAACAAUUUUACUGAGCAAUCUUCAACAUCAUUAGCAACACCGAAAACAACUGAAGCUUUGCAAGUUCAGUCAGUCUACUCCAUAUCCCCAAAACUUACAAAAAAAGUAAAGCUUUUUAACGAGAGGUCACCCCCAGAAAUGAAUAAAAAUUAUUUACUGCCAACUAGUGUUGAUAAAAACCUUGUCCCAUCUUUUUCAUCAUCGCUGUUCAACGAGCGUCACACCAAGCCGUCAGUUUACACCUGCAAAGAAUGUUUGAAAUAUUUUACAAAUAUAACAGAUGCUUUUCAUCAUUGCUAUACGGAACAUCAACAAAGUAAAAAAAGUUUGGAUAUUUCAAACCGGUUGCUUGAUACAAAGAGUCACAGUUGCCAACAUUGUGGACGGAUAUUUAACAACAAAAACAACCUGAAGCGUCAUAUAUUGAUCAAGCACACGGCGGACAAGAGAUUUAAAUGUAGCCAUUGUGGAAGAAGAUAUGCAAUUCGACAGUCUCUUCAAUAUCAUAUCAAGUCCGUUCAUAAUAAAAGUAUCAAUGACAUAACAGUGGACAGUCCCCAAACCUCUUCGUUGAUGAUGGAAAAUUUUAGUUCCCUGCUCGCCGCACCUACUGUUGCCCAUCCCACAAGCAGUUUAACAUUUUCAAGCUCUGUUGAGUUGAAUGAGGAUGUUUUAAAUGAAGCGGAAACAUUUGCAAGCACUUGCACGACUUCAUAUUUGAACCAAAUUACUACAAUAGAUAACCUUCCACCAAAACCCAGUUGUAAACUACCCACCAUACAACAUAUUGAAAGUAUCCGCUCACCCGGAGUUUCACUACCUGAUGAUAUUUUGGUUGAAACGGGAAUGAAAACUUCUGUAAAAACCAAAUCAACUGCAUCUUAUCAAGGAGGUUCUCCAUUUGUACUAUCCGAAUCAUCAAAGCUGCCUGCUUUACUUCCAGCAUUGCCAGAAGAUCAAAAGAAAAGUCCCGGAGAUUUUCAUCAAAUAACUUCCCACCGUGUUGCAGCAAAGUUGCAUCGUUGCGAUCAUUGCGGACACAUAUUUCCCACCGUGCAAGCUUUUACUCGUCAUAAAAGAGCUUGUAAUAAAUAUGAAUGCCCUAUUUGUCACAGAGGAUUUUCACAGGUUGGAAAUAUGAGAAGACAUAUGAAAAUUUUUCAUUCUGAUCAAAAACCAUUUGAAUGUAAGGUGUGCAAUAAAGCUUAUGGAAUCCAACAAAGUUUUCGAUACCAUAUGCGUGACAAGCAUGGCAUAAUACUGGGCAAGCCUAAUUCAAAAGCAGAAGAAAAAUAAACAAAACUUUAAUACUCAUUCAUUCUCUCUUUUUAUUAUUAUUAUUUACAUUCUCGUGAAUAAUAAUUAAUGUAACUAUGUUGCAAAUAUUAUAAAGAUAUUACCUUGUGAGUUAAUAGCUGUGUGUGUUAUGCUUAAUACGGUAUCAAAUUAAAUGGCUGUAGGUCCAUACCCCUAACUUA